UACACAGAGCUUCCUCCCUUUCUGUUGUGUGAGAAUGUCAAAGUGAAAGUAACAGUUGCUCAUAUCCCAGACAUUCAGAGGGAGCAGGGAGAUGGCGCUGGAUAAAAUCUUCCUUCUCUGCUGGAUUUGCUGCAGCUCAGUGUGUUCUGCACCAAUGGUAUCAGUUCCUUCAUCUCACAAAGCACUUCUGGGUUCUACAGCUUCUCUCCCUUGUACCUUCCCACCAGUUGACCACUCAGUGUUGUCCAUUAUCUGGAUCUUCAGAGACAAGGAGAUUCUUAGGUACAACAAGACUCUGACCAUCUUCCAACCCCGACUGACUCUGGAUGUUCAGACAAUAGAGGAAGGGAUUGUGUCUCUGUCAGUCUCCAAUGUAAUUGUCUCUGAUGAGGGAACCUACACGUGUAGAGUGAGUUAUGGUUUAAAACAAGAACAAGGGGUGAAAUUAGAAGUUGAAGCUGUUCCCAUGAUAAAGAUAAGUAGAUCUGAGGAGAACCUCUACUGCUCAGUGAGUGGGUUCUACCCUGUGGAUAUAGGGGUAUCUUGGCUCAGAGAUGGGAAGCCCAUACCUCAUUCCUCUAAUAUAGACAAAGACUUAAGACCAUGGAGCAAUGCAGACGGCACAUACACACUGAACAACUCACUGAGUGUUGCCCCUGGAGGUGGCCAGAAUGAUGGGACUUACUCCUGCCAAGUGGAACACAAGUCUCUGCCAAAGCCUCUUCUCAAGGAUCUCCAGUUGGUGUAUAGUGAUUGUGUUCCAGACAACGAGGGGAAAUAUUCUGCAGGGAACAUUGCGGGGGCCAUAUUUCUCACCAUUCUGCUGACCAUGGCCGGGAUCAGUGCGGGGCUCUGGUUUCUCAUUUACAAGAAGAAAUAUUUCCAGAGAUUCCGGGUGAGUCACAUACACAGGAGUCAGAUGUUGGAUGGGGAGAAGGUGACUCUGUACUGUGUGGCCUCUGACUGCCCUAAGGACCCCCAGGUGAUAUGGACAGUGGAGGAGAAUGAUGGGAAGAAGAUGGAGAUAACAGAGGAUGAGCCCCAGGCAGAAGGAGAAGGGAAUAUGUUGCUGGAUCAGGAAUUCUCUGUAAGAACAGACAGAACAGAGACAGACGGGAGACACAAUGUCACCUCCUCCCUCAGCUUCACCCCUGAAGCAUCAAAGAUCAAGAAGAAGUCUGUGUUCUGCAAGUUUGUCUGUGAUGGAAGAGCCAAAGAGCAAAGACUAGACUGUUCCUUUAUCGUAUUAAAGCCCAAGGAUUCCAUGAAGUUUUCCCUGAGUGAGUCAGGAGAGGUUCUGAGCUGUCUGACCCUGAGGGAGUUUUACCCCAGAGACAUCCAGAUCAGAUGGAGCUGUGGAGUUGGACACUACCAACAACUGGAGUCCAAUGAAACAUUUACUCUCAAUCCUAAUUCCUCCUUUAAUAUUGAGAGUGAGUGUAAGCUCCCAGGACAUCUCUUCAAAGAUCCAGGAUUCAAAGUGCGAGUGACCUGGAACCACCAAUCCAGUGAUGGGGAGGAGUCCAGGGAAUUCUCUGCAUGGGAUCCAGAAUUCCCCUGGUGCCCAUGGAUGGAAGAGAUAAUAAAUCCUGAUACCCUGAUACACAGCAAAGAGGGCAAAUUCCAGUGUAAGAUCUGGGGGUAUUUCCCUGAUGCUCUGGAGGUGAAAUGGUUGAGGAGAGAAGCAGGAGGGCAGGAAUUAUUCUCUGUGUGUCCCAGUGAGAAAUACAAGAUCCCAGAGAUGGAGCAGAAGAGAGAAGCUGAUGGGACCUUCUCCUGCACAGUCAGUCUCAUUGUCUCUGUGUCAGCAAUAACUGAUCAGGGGGCGGAGUUUAUCUGCCGGGUGGGACACCCCAGUCUGGGGGAACCCCUACAGAGAAGCACUGGGGCCCUCAGUGUGAGAGGGGUCCCAGUUGUGACAAACAUUAGACAGAAGUACAGACACAUCAUCAUGGAAAUAGAUCAGUUCUACCCACAGAACAUUGAGAUUACCUGGCACAAAGCUGUGGGGAGGCAGAAGGAUUAUUGGAUGAUCUCUGAUGACUUUAUACAGAAUAAACUAUUUCCAAACAGUGACGGCUCCUACAGACUCACCAGUAUAUGUGAUGGAAUUGAUCUUAUGGAUAAGAUGAAUAGAUUUGAUUUGUACUUCACUGCUCAGGUGCAACAUGAGACACUAAACUCUCCAAUCCAGAGGGAUUUCCAAUGGGAGAGAGGAGUCUAUUAUCUGCUGUCAGAGGGGCAGAAACUGAACCCAUUGCCUAAAUCCCAAGAUACAGCCCCCAGCAAUUCUGGGCCUGUGGAGAGGAGCUGAAGAGUCCAGAGAAACAGAAACCCUGGGGAAGGAAAGAGCAAUGGAAAGAAAGACUGAUAUUUAUUCCCUAAGAACAAUCCCCAGUGACACAGCGGUUGGUUUGGGACACAAAGUGUUGGACUCGUGGGUUUGGUUGGUACCAGGGUGGGUUCCAUCUCUUGCUCAUUAUACACAGUAGUGUAACUGGUACUGUUGAAGUCCAUAACAUAAGCCAGCCUGUGUCUCUAUGGAAGAGAUAGUGUAGAUUGUAAGCUCUGCUGGAGCAUGCCCCCCACCUUGCAUCACACAAGCUCCCACACUUACUCUAUUCUCAGAGUUCCUUAAAUAUUACUCACCAAGGGGGAAUCAUCUCAUUAUCCUCUGCUAUAACUCUCCCCUGAGUCUAAUUCAUAUAAACUAUGUGACUGCUUGUUUGUACAUCUUGUCCAUGUAGACUUGUGUUGCAAAUAUAUACAGUCAUAUGAAAAAUAUGAAAAUAUAUACAGUCAUAUGAAAAAUAUGAAAAUAUAUACUGUCAU